GCUCUCAAAUCUUCAAUCCAUUCGGAAAGGUUCAUCCACCUUCAGGCAGAGCACAGUCCUCACUCCUCAGUCUACACUCCACACUCCACACUCCACACGCAAGCACGCACGGCGGGCGGCGGUCGCCCACCUGGACCUGGUACCGGAACACCAGAGCUCAAGGUCGGCCAUGGAUUCGCCACUGCUGAGCACACCCGCUCUGCUGGCGCUGUCCCUGCUCCUUCUAGCGCUCUACAUCGCUCGCCGGCGCCGCGGCGGUGGCAAGAACCGGAACUACCCUCCCGUGGCGGGCACCGUGUUCCACCAGCUGCUCCACUUCAGGCGGCUGAUGGAGUACCAGACGGAGCUCGCCCACAGGUACCGCACGUUCCGCAUGCUCACCCCGACCUGCAACUACGUGUACACCGUGGAGCCCGCCAACGUGGAGUACAUCCUCAAGACCAACUUCGGCAACUACGGCAAGGGGGCGAUGAUCCACGACGUGAUGGAGGACCUCCUCGGCGACGGCAUCUUCAACGUGGACGGCGCCAGGUGGCGGCACCAGCGGAAGGUGGCGAGCCACGAGUUCUCCACGCGGGUGCUGCGCGACUACAGCAGCGGCGUGUUCCGCGACACGGCCGCGGAGCUCGCUGGGAUCGUUGCGGUGGCGGCGCGGGGCGCCGGGCCCGGGGAGAGGCCGCUGGACGUCGCGGACCUCCUGAUGCGGUCGACGCUGGACUCCAUGUUCAAGGUCGGGUUCGGGGUCGACCUGGGCUCGCUGUCCGGCUGCGGCGACGACGAGGGCGCGGCGGCGUUCGCCAGGGCGUUCGACGACGCCAGCGAGCAGGUCCUGUACCGCUUCUUCGACCCGUCCUGGAAGGUCAAGAGGCUCCUCGGUGUCUCGUCGGAGGGGGCCAUGAAGGGGUCGAUCCGCACCAUCGAUCAAUUCGUGUACGGCGUCAUCGACAGGAAGAUCAAGCAGAUGGGCAGGGACCAAGAAUUCGUGAGCGAGCUCUCUGCAGCUGCCUCGCCCGUUUGGAUGCACAUGCAUUCACGGGCGCUCGAUUGGCGCUCCGGCCAUUUCUUCUUUUUACUGACACACACGGACGGUGGUGUUUGUCUUUGGCAGGCCAAGAAAGAGGACAUCUUGUCAAGGUUCCUGAUGGAGCGGGAGAGCGACCCCGGCUGCUUCGACAACAAGUACCUGCGGGACAUCAUCCUCAACUUCGUGAUCGCCGGCCGCGACACCACGGCGGGCACCCUGUCGUGGUUCCUCUACGUGCUCUGCAGGAACCAGCACGUCCAGGACAGGGUCGCGCGGGAGGUGCGUGCCGCCGCCACGGGCGACCGCGACGACGUCGGCGUGCAGGAGUUCGUCACGUGCUUAACCGAGGACGCCAUCAGCAGGAUGCGGUACCUGCACGCGGUGCUUACCGAGACGCUCCGGCUGUACCCGGCUGUGCCCAUCGAUGUGAAGUAUUGCUUUUCGGAUGACACGUUACCGGACGGCUACGCUGUCAAGAAAGGUGACAUGGUGAACUACCAGCCGUACCAAAUGGGCAGGAUGAAGUUCCUGUGGGGCGCGGACGCCGAGGAGUUCAGGCCAGAGAGGUGGAUCAACGACGACGGCGUGUUCGUCAACGAGAGCCCCUUCAAGUUCACGGCUUUCCAGGCGGGGCCUCGCGUCUGCUUGGGAAAGGAGUUCGCGUACAGGCAGAUGAAGAUCUUCGCAGCGGUGCUGGUCUACGCCUUCAGGUUUGAGAUGUGGGAAGCCAAUGCUACCAUGGGCUACCGGCCCAUGCUCACGCUCAAAAUGGACGGCCCGCUGUAUGUUCGGGCAUCGCUCCGGCAAUGAGGUGUGGGCGACUGGGCGGCGGCCACGAAGUCAAAAUACGUUGCGUACUGUUAUGAUACUAUCUUAGAUAUUAAACUUGUUAAAAUAAAUAUUUUAUUUUAUCUUAGCUAAAAGACUGAAAAUAAUACGAGUUGAAGAGAAACUCAACCUUUUUGUUAUAGCUCGCUCGAUCUCUCGUCAUCUUUCAACUAGCGAAAUGGUAUUAUAUGAAAGUGUUGUACUAUGUA